AAGGAGGAGCUGAGAGUCUUCCGUGGCGGCUGUUGGAAACCUGCUCCUCAAAUAUAAAGAGAUGUUUUGCCUUCCAACCGCAAGCAAACACGGAAUCACAACCUCAUAGGAGGAGAUCAGAAACCGUACACACGGUUCUUCUCAUAACCAAAAGUGGUCAACCAGUAGGCUAAUAGCCUACAGCUCAACCAAUUUAGUCAGUUGAAGAGAUCAGAUCGUUACAAACGAAUUAUUUAUUCUAAGAAAGUUCUAUAUAUCUUAUGGAACGUAUUUCUUAAGGCGCAUUCCAUUGUAAUAUCAUCUAGCGAAUUGAGAGCAACUGAAGUUUUGUUGAGAGAGAGAGAGAGAGAGAGAGAGGAGAGUGCGCGGAGAGUGAGGAUGGCUGCAUUGAUCAGCGCGUACUCGUCUUGGCCGGAGAGCUUUGAGUGCUCGGCGGGAGAUGGGGAUGUGGCCGACGGACACGGCUCACACAGAACCCCCGUGGACAAGGCGUCGGAGCCGCGCAUCAGACGGCCCAUGAAUGCGUUCAUGGUCUGGGCUAAAGAUGAGAGGAAGCGCCUGGCUGCACAGAAUCCGGACCUGCACAACGCAGAGCUCAGCAAGAUGCUGGGCAGGUCGUGGAAGGCCCUGACCCCCCCUCAGAAGCGUCCGUACGUAGAGGAGGCAGAGAGGCUGCGGGUGCAGCACAUGCAGGACUACCCCAACUACAAGUACCGCCCCCGUCGGAAGAAGCAGCUAAAACGUAUCUGUAAACGUGUGGACCCCGUGUUCCUACUGGGCAGCCUGGCGGGCCCCAACCGGAAUUCCCUGCCCGACCCCCGGGGCCUCUGCCUCCCCUUGGGUUUGGAUAAGGAUGGGGAUGGGGUUAUUGGUGGCGAUGGAGGUGUUGGGUUCUUGACCGUCUCUUCCCCAAGCCCGGGGCCUCUACCUGGGGUUAGAUCCUUCAGAGACGUACCGUCCGGCUCCAGCUCCGGCAGCUUCGACACCUACCCCUACGGACUUCCCACCCCGCCUGAGAUGUCCCCUCUGGAUCACGCUCUAGACCACGACCACCCCUCUUACUACCCUUCCUCCUCCUCCUCUUCCUCCUCCUCCUCGUCCGUCUCCUGCCCCGAGGAAUGCCACCAGCAGCACCAACGUCAGGGACAGACCCCCGGAGGUGGAGGUGGGGGUCACAUGUGCCUCAGUCCUUCAUCCUACCACCCUGACUACACCCAGACCCAGACUUCCGUCCGCUGUGGUGGCUCCCGCUCCCACCUGGCCCACCUCUCCCACGUGUCCCAGGCCCAGUCCGGAGGCCUCAUCCCUGGGAAUCCUCUGUCCUACUACAGCCCAUCCUCCUGGUCCUCUCAGCUCCAGGCCCACCCGGGCUUCAAUCACCCUCACUUAGGUCACCUGUCCCCAGGUCACCAGCACCAGCACCACCUGGGUCAGCUCUCCCCUCCUCCAGAGCAGAACCACAGUCAUCUGGACCAGCUGAGUCAGGUAGAGCUUCUAGGGGAGGUCGACCGUGAUGAGUUCGACCAGUACCUGAACUCGACGGCGGCGGGCGCGGCAGCAGCGGGGGUGGGGAUGUUCCACUCCGAACAGGGAGGAGGGGGGAUGACUGUGACGGGUCACAUCCAGGUGACAUCGGCCUCAGCGCCGUCUUCUGAGGGCAGCGUCGUCGGGGAAACCAGCCUGAUCUCUGUGCUGGCGGACGCCACGGCAACGUACUACAACAACUACGGCAUCUCUUAGACGGGGGACGGGUUGCCGAGGUCGCCAUGCAGACGCCCACCGCUCCCGUCAUCACACCUGGAAAUGACCAGGGGACAUAUGUCUCAAGCCUUUCAGUGUAGUAGUGCUGAUCUAGGAUCAGA